AGUGAAACCCUCGUCCGUCCUUCUUCUUCUUCUUCUCCUUCUGGUUGUUGUUACCUGGGCAGGUGGAUAUCAUGGCGGACGGGCCGGUACCGCCGAGGAUCCGAGCAAUGUUGUACUUGCUCACGCCGAACGAGUCGUCCUUCGAGCGGCUGGAAGAGGUCCCCGAGUACGUCCAUCAGGCCAACCCUUUGUUCCUGGGCCUGGUGGUCCUGGAGAUGCUGCUGGGCUCGCUGAUGUCGGGGGCAAAACUUUGCAACGUCGCUGACGCCAUCAUCUCCGUGUCCUUAGGGAUGACCUCGCGACUCCCGCUGCUGCUGAUGCGAGGUCUGGAGCUGUCGGCCUACGUGUACGUGUGGGAGAACUUCCGCCUUCUGGAGCUGCCCUGGGACUCGCCCUGGACCUGGUGGCUCUCCUUCCUGGCCGUGGACUUGUGCUACUACUGGUUCCACCGCUGCGCUCACGAGGUAGCCAUACUUUGGGCGGCCCACCAGGUGCACCACAGUUCCGAGUACUACAACUUCAGCACGGCCCUGCGGCAGCCGCUCACCCAGCAGCUGACGUCGUGGAUCUUCUACGUGCCCAUGGCCUUGGCCGUGCCACCAUCUGCCUUCGCUGUCCACAUCCAACUCAAUCUUCUCUUCCAGUUCUGGCUGCACACGGAGGUAAUCCGAGACUUGGGACCUCUAGAAUGGAUCUUCAACACUCCCAAGCAUCACAGAGUUCACCACGGAAGGAACGAAUACUGCAUUGACAAGAACUACGGCGGGAUUCUGAUCAUAUGGGAUCGAUUGUUUGGUACAUUCACUGAAGAGAAGGAGAAGGUGGUGUAUGGCUUGGUCUUCCCCAACAACUCCUUUGAAAUCAUGUCAAGUCAGUUCCACUACUAUUUGUCCUUGUGGAGAAGAUCAACCACCUACUCGAGCCACACCGACAAAGUGUCCACUUUUGUCAAUGGUCCCAGCUGGAGGCCCGGAACUCCUCGGCUGGGCAACCAUGAUCAUGUUCCCAAGGUGACUGGUGAGGAGAAGCCUCACGAUCCCAGCUGCUCGCUGCCAUUACAAGUUUACGUAGUGACACAUUUCCUGCUGGUGCUGUACACGUACCACGAGCUCUUCGAAAACCAGGCGACGCUGACCCAGUUGACCUUACUGGGGAUGACCGGCUACAUCCUACUCACGCUCACCUCCCUGGGCUUCAUCAUCGACUCCAGGCCGGCGGCGGCCAUUUUAGAGUUGCUGCGCUGCAUGGCCAUGGUGAUGUUGCUGCAGUACAGCCACCUCAGGGCCCCCAACUCUGCUCUGACUGUGCCCACCCAGGCCUUGGUGUCCCUCAGUGUGCUGUACUGGGCUCUGCAGAGUUUCUCCCAGCUGUUCUCCAUCAAGCCGAAGUCGCACUGAGACCUGGACUGCGGGCCGCGUCGCCUUACCCCUGAGCUCAGCGGGCCGACAUGCGCUUAUCGACAUUUCAUCUUUUGCUUUUCGUCAUUUUUGUGUGUGCAUUUUAAAAUCUGACAAUGGCUGAUUAACUAAUACUGUAAGCUACCGUAUAUUAAUUUGAAAUGUGAAUGUUCCACAGCACAUGGCGCUGUUUGCUUCCUCGUCCGCAGUUGUCACGUCAGACAGACUUUUGUUUGCCUUGCUCUUCUUUUAGAGGGGUUUAAUAUACUGGGAUAUCCCUUAUUCUAAUCGUACUCUAACCUUAACUACUGUGUCUGCUGUGGAUUUGGUCACUCUCUGUAGCCCUAACCUUAAAGUUGACUCUGGUUGAAAGGAUAGGAUGGACUGGCCUAAUUGGGAUUUUAACCUUUACCUGUUGGGUACCUGUUUGCCCAUCUGUUUGGCCCUGGCCUGUGACCCUCUACCGCCCUCUGCUGGUAGUUUAUUUUUUAUCGCGUUUUCUGGUGUGGGACUGAUCCUGGAAUGGAUUUGAAUAUUUUUACAUAUGUGCUUGAGAAAAAAUACAAUUAUUUUGGCACAAAUGUGGUUUUGUACUAAUG